AUGACAGAGGUUUUUCCGCAGGCGCAGAACGCGGAGGUUCCGACAGUGGCAGUAACAGCGGGGCCGGCGGUGGCGGCGGAGCUGCUGGACGUGCUAGACGACAAGGGACGCCCCACCGGGGAGGCGCUUCCGCGCGGCGAGGUGCACAGGCGCGGGCUGUGGCACCGCUCGGUGCAGACGUGGGUGUUCGCGCGGCGGGGCGCGCAGCUGCUGCUGCAGCGGCGCGCGGCGCACAAGGAGUCGUGCCCCAACAUGUGGGACGUGUCGAGUGCCGGGCACGUCACCGCUGGCUGCUCCUCCCUCCACACCGCCCAGCUCGAGAUGGAGGAGGAGCUGGGCUUGUCGCUGCCGGCGUCCGCCUACCAGUGGCUCUUCCUAGAUAUCUUCCAGUCAGGGCAGGGAGGCACGUACAUAGACAACGAGUUCAGUGACGUCUACCUCGUCACUGUGCCACAGCCCCUCCCUCCCUCCGCCUUCACACUGGAUGUAUGCUAG